CUCCAGCGUCUCGUUUGGAUUCCCUGAUUCCAGACUGCAGCUCACGAAGAGGCAGCAAAGAGCUUCUCGACGGAAUGGCUCGUUCUUCAUCGACAUCUGCAGCGAGCGUGGGUGAUGCAGAUGCAGCAAGAGAUGCAGGCGGUCUCCGAGUGAUAGGGGCAGGACACGGCCGAACGGGGUGAGCUUUUCACACAAGUCGUGGCACGCACACUGUGGAUGCCUCUCUCCCGUUGCUUGCAGGACGAUGUCCCUCAAGGCGGCUCUCGAAGCGAUUGGAUACGGCCCUUGUUACCACUUCUCUGGUGGGUGCCGAUGACCUUACAGGGCUGACUCUUCAUGAUCUCUGCUGCUCAUCACCGCGGUGUGUUGUACGUGCUGCGGUUGGAAUGCUCAGAAGUUGCUAUGGACCCUCAGGUGCCCCGACGCGCCAAGCAGUGGCUGAAGGUCUGCGAAGCCAACGGCAAGGGCAUCGACAACUGGGUAAGACGACAGGCGCAAAGACGCUCACAGACACGAGUGCCAUCUCAUCUUCUGCUGCCCCUUGUUCUGUCCUGUCUGCAGCACGAGAUCUAUGACGGCUACGUGUCCGCCUGUGAUUUUCCCACGAACCUGUACUACAAGGAACUCAUGGAGGCGUUCCCGGACGCGAAGGUCAGUGCCGAGGAGGGAGGCACGUGAUGAGUGUGAGAAUGAAUGCCAUUCCUGCCUCUGUUCUGCUUCUCUGACGUGUCAUCAGGUGAUCUUGACGGUUCGAGACCCGCAUAAGUGGUAUACGAGCGCCAAAGAAACCGUCGUCCGCCAUCGAGAAACGCUGACGGCCUUUCCGUUCAACAUCGCGGGCUGGCUGCUCAACAUGCAUCACCUGAUGAAACUUGUCGUCAACUACAGCGUGGUAGCCAGGUGGAACAUGCACAGGCUGAGCGAGGAGGCCGCUGUCAAGGUUUUCAACGAAUGAAUCGACCAGGUCAAAGCCACCGUGCCGACGGACAGACUCCUCGUCUUUCAGGUAGGCAUGGACCGCCUUUAGAGGCUGGAUUGACGGGCAGAACCGUGACCCUUUCUGUUGCCCGCAGGUAUCGGAUGGUUGGGAGCCUCUGUGCCGAUUCCUGGAUGUCCCCGUGCCGCCCAUCGACUUCCCUCGACUGAAUGACCGUCAGGUGAUGCGCGAGCGGCAGGCCAGGAUCUUCGGGAAGCUGUUGAUCGUUGGGUGGGGGGCUGUCCUGUGUGCGGUGGGAGGGACGGUGGCUGUCGGAUGGCUGGCCGCCAGGGCCAUAGGAAGGCUGCGCAAGUGAGGAAUUGGCGCUGCCUGUCGUGGGUGUGCUGCCCGUCUGUCGCUUUUUGUGACGCAUGGGACAGGUGCAUAUGUGCUCUUUUUCGAACAAUGGGGUUCGAAGCUGCUGUCGUGCCCUCAGCGCUGCGUGUUGUGCAUGCGGGCUUUUUUUCAAAGAUUGUGCCACGCUGGUGUUUCGGUCUCGGCCUCGGCCUUGUGUCGGAUUUGCGGGUGAGGGACUACACAUAAGAUGGGGCUCAAGCGAUGGGCUUCUGAGCGCGUGA